GGCGGUAGUGCGCAACUUACAGGCCGCAAGCUGCCAUUAAACCAGAAGAAGAAGAAGAAAACUAAAACAUGGCGGGAUGUUCGAAUUCUCUGACUUUACAACCAAACAAACAGUAAACACUGGAUCCAGGAAUCAGAGAUAAUGACCCGUAGCCGCAGACAGUUCGUCCCACCGCCUGGUUCCGCAAGAUCUCCGCUGGACCAGCAGGUGUACCGGUCGAAACCGAACCGCCUGAGCAGAAGCUUCAGGCAGACCCAGGCCACAGCGGAGCUCGGUUCUCCACGGAGCCAGAAGUCAGGUUCAGAGACAAACCGCCCACAGACUGAUCUGUUGGUUCCUGUGUCUCUUCUUGGUCCAGACCUGAAGACCCCAACCAGAACCUCCAGGUCCGGAGCGGCUGCUGCCUUAAGUGAGUCUCCACACAACGACUCUGACUUCCAGCAGGACAUCGUCUGGGACGCGGGCUCACCUUUGCCUGGCAGACCUGGGAACAAAGGUAAAACAGCAGCAGCCGGAGUCGUGGACAUCUCCGAGAUCGUCAGCAAGAUCGCCCCAAAGCAUGGCCGACCCAGGGUUGCAGAACCAACUUUACAGCAGUGGAUCGGAGACAGCGCCACCAUCCCCUGCACUCCUGAUGUUCGAGUCCCCAAACCCAGGAAGAAAUCCCCCAGGUUGGCUGGAGUUGAUGAUCUGCUGAAGCUGGCCAAACAGUUUGACCUCAACAUGUUUCAUCGUGACGAGGAGGAUGCAGAUGACGUCCUGCUUAAGGAGCCCAGCAACCGGAACCGGCUUGCUGCAGCUUGUGGACCCGGAGCAGGUGUGCAGGUCAACUUGGAUCUACAUAUGGAAGACGAUUUGGAUUUCCUGUUUGAUGGACCGACUCAGCACGUGAGUGGAACCAUAAGCCAGGUGUCGGCGGCACAGCCUUCACCGUUAACACCUGCAGCGCCUGGGGACCCGUCCUCGCACGGCCCCGGUUCCGAAGACAUGUCAGCUGGCGACGACUGGGACGACGACGACUUGUUAAAUGACUCUUUGGUGAUUGAGAUGACACAGAAUCCCCAGAACUUUGUUGCACUGAAUCACUGCUCAACCCAGAACUCAGCCAGUAGCCUGACACCAGUACACAUUCGUGUCAGUGGAGGCGAGAAAUUUGACCAACCAGAGAAAAUCACGAGACAAAGAGCGAGUUUCAAACUGGAGCCUAAUCUGAAUUUCUCUUUCGGAAGGAAGGACACAUGGACGAGUACGAAUGUGGACUCGGAACCAGUGGAUAAGGACACUGGGCUGAGCUGGAUUUCAUCCAGUUUGGGUUUUUCCAUCAAGGCAAGAUCUCAGCAAAGGUGUCAGUUGAUGUCGGAACCACAGCUCCCACUGUUUAGUGGAGCAAGUUGUGGUUCCAGAUCUGCUGCUGCUGCUUCUGCGUCAAACACAGAACCAAUUCAGAGUUUUCCAAAAGAAGAUGGUGGCGCCACACCGUCCGUGUCCGACUUCCUGGAUGAGGACCUGGACUCGUUCUUCUCCACUGACCUGGUUUGGGAUGACCCGGCUGAUGACAGCCUGCUGUGUGAGGUGUGUGAAGACUUGGAGAACCAGACCCAGAGCAGAGAGUCCAUCAAAACGACUUUUCCUGAUGUUCAGGUGUCGAAGGAGAGAGCAGCUCUGCAACCGUCCAACAGAACCUGGAACAAGCAGACCCAGCAUCCUGCACCAGCUGGCAGUUCUGCCUCUGUCAGUGCAGGUGUUCACGUAAAAGAUUCCUUCAAAAGCUCACAAACAAAAAUCACUUCAGGAUCCAUAAUCAGCUCGAGCAGCAGGGUCCAAUCGGCCCUUGCAGCCUCCAAGAACCAGUUCAGCUUCAAAAAGCCCAACAACCCAGUUCCAGCAGUGACAAACAAAGUUCUGAGUAAAUGUUCUGCAGCCGAGAUCGAGCUGAAGAAGCAGCAGGCAAUGGAGAGACGGCGCCAGCGACUGAAGGCUGCUCAGAACCUCAGAGCAGCGACCUGACUUGUGGAGCAGAACCCAAUCCAGGUAUCGCCUCACCUGGCUGGAACUUAAAUUGUCCGGGUCAGCCCAAGCUCUGCUGGUCCUGGUUCUGAUCACAGUUUUUGAAAACUUUGAAUUAAGACAUCUUUAUAAAACCAGACAACUGGUGUUUAUUUGUGCAAUUCAUUCAUUGUCAAGUUAAGAUACUUCCUAUUCUGCCAGAUUCUGAUCAGUUCUGCCUUUAAAAUGUUCUGGUUGUGAAUCUCUGUAAAUGGGUCAUUGGAGGGUUUGUCAGAAUGUGCUUAGUGUGAAAGCUGGGAGCAAGAAACACGUGCCAGGUGGUGCCAGAACCAGAGGCAUGUGGCCUAACAGCAGGAAUCCUGCACGUGUCAGUGACGGGUCGACACCGGGGAGGCUCUGACCCGAUAUCACUUCUUUUGUUACGCUGGUUUUAGUGCAAACUUUGUUCUGUCUGAUUUAGUUUUUAUUGUCUCUAAAGCAUUUUAUUAAACUAUUGUGAAGCUG